AUGACAAUCAACUGGUCAUGGUCAUCAACGGGCGUCGAAGUCGCGGAUGAGUAUGGUGAGAAUAUCUCAGGACGCACCUUUUUGAUCACUGGUCCAAGCGACGGUGGAAUUGGAGCAGAAACUGCACUUUGUCUAGCAUCUGGUCAACCGUCGACUAUUGUUCUUGCCGGCCGGGACCGCGCCAAGAUCCAACCUGUCAUCGACAGAAUCUCUCUCAUCAGCCCUAGAACCAAUGCGAUUUUUGUGGCUCUGGAUCUCAGCGACCAAGCUUCGGUACGAGAUGCUGCAACAGAAAUUAGCAAACAGGUUGACCAUAUCGAUGUUCUCAUCAAUAAUGCCGCAAUAAUGGCGUGCCCAUAUAGCACGACAAAAGAUAACUUAGAGGUACAGUUUGCUACAAACUUCCUCGGUCCGUUUCUUUUUACUGGCCUCUUAUUUCCUAAGCUCCGUGCUGCUGCAGCUGGGGCGCGAAUUGUGAACGUGAGCAGCUCCGCGCAUCGAUUUGAAGGUAUUCGAUUCGAUGAUAUUGAUUUCAAGAGUGGAAAACUUUAUGAUACCUGGAAAGCAUAUGGUCAAUCAAAAACUGCACUGAUCUUGAUGGCUAUUUACAUUGCGGAAAAGGUUCCCAACAAUGAGAUAUCUGCAUUCUCUGUGCACCCAGGAAGCAUUGCAUCUAACCUACAACGCCAUGUGGAUUCUGAGUCAAUAUCGGAUGCCAGAAUCAAGUCCCAGAACAUUGUUGACUAUGAGGCCACGAAGAGAAAGUCUCUCGAACAAGGCAGCGCUACUACUUUGAUCGCAGCUCUGGACCCUAGCCUAGAGAAAUAUUCAGGCUCCUAUCUUAGUGAUGGACAGUUGAAGCGGCAGGCGGAUCAUGCCUAUGGGGCAGAGAAUGCGGAGAAACUGUGGCAUUUGGGCGAACAUCUUCUGGGGCAAACGUUCGAACUAUGA